AUGACCAGAACGGCGGUAAUAUUUAAUGAAAAAGCUACUCCAGAUGCUUUGGUUGAGUUUAAAGAUGCUCUAUCUAAUACAUUAACCUCGAUCUUAGAGCCAUGGUCUUUAGAAUUCAAGACCUUUAGAAAAACUACCAAAAAUGAGAGAUCAUCGAACUCAUCGAAUAUUAUGUAUUCUGUUUCAUUUGCUCAUCAUGACAAAGGUACUGUACUUAUUCAUGAUAAAUAUGCUAUCAUAACUACAAAUAACAGCAAUGACAUACCGAAAGAUCUAAUAUUGAAUACAUGUAGUACUGGGACAACAGAACCUAUUGAUAAUCUGCUUGCUCUUAGACUAUCAAAUAUUUGGUCUCAAAGACAAGGUAUUAGAGGCGAUGCAGGUGAAACUUUACAGACUACAAAUCUUAUAGUUCGAGUUGUCAAUUUAUUUUCCUCGACAGGCUUCAAGGGUUUACUGAUUGAAUUGAAUUCAUUAGAUGAUGAUGUCUCUGAAGAGGAGUUUAAAAUUAGCGUUGAUCAUGUACAAACUGUUUUAAAGGAUAUUAACUGUAAAGAUUUUAAACUUUCCACAGAUAGAUUAAAUUUUAAUGAGAACAAUGGAAACAGAAAGUUAAAUAUAUUAAGUGAUUUGGCAUAUCAGUACAUACAGGUACUUGAAUAUUAG